AUGAGAUGGCCUUCCAACGAAGCUUCUGCUCAAAACACUGAUAAAACAGUCGACCAGGGAGAUACAUUUUUGACUCCUCAGUGGACUAAUGAUCCUUCAUUGCAAACUAGCAGCAAUAAAUUUCAUUCUUCUAACAAAAUUCCUUUUCAUACAUCUAAAAAUGUCGCUAGUUUCAAUCUACCAUCACAUCCACAACAUCGCAACUCUAUUCCUGCUUUAGGUAUUCAUGAUCAGUUUUCCAAUAUUUCAGAAAACAAUGGUGCUGGAGGUUUUUCUGAAAAUAUUUCCGGUGGAUUUUCUACUGGUGGAGUCAACAGCUCUCCGACUACAGAUGACGCUAUAAAAAACAAAAAAUAUCAAGCAAAGGAAGUUCAACUUGUAUCCUGGUCACAUGCUCAUACAAUAUCCGAGGAAGACGUUAUGGUUGAUAUAACUUUACUACCUAAAGAUACUAAAGAGGGUGAUAUUGCUGAACUUCGAAGCCCUGAAAAUGGUCUUAGAUUUUAUUUUAUAGUAAAGCCAUUAAAUGAAGAGCUCAUGAAAAUCACCCCUCCCGUUCAGAUUUCUCUCAAAGAAGAACUUAAAAAAAUUUUUGAUAUUCCAUCACGCUCAAAAGUAUUAGUUAAAUUGUUGCCUUCCGAAAAAGCUAAAGCAGAUGCAAUCGAACUUCGAUUUAAAGAUACCUAUUUGACAAGGGCAGACAUGUGGAGAAUAUCCUCUUUUUUAACAAACACUUGCUGUUACAAAGACCAAAUAGUAACUUAUUGCAAAUUAAUUCGCACUACAAUUUGCGAAAUAUAUCGAAAUGGGAAAAAAGUUUCAUCAGGUUACAUUGGACCCAACACUAGAAUAAUUUAUCGGUCUGAUUCUUCACGACUUGUGUUUUUUAUUCAAAUGUCAUCAGAAAUGUGGCACUUUGAAGAACAAGGUCAUAUUAUUUUUCACAAAAUGAUAAACUCUUUUUUCCCAGAAGUUUUUAAGCGCUGGCGCAAUCAAGACUCUCAUCACGUUGUUACUAUUAUUUUAUUUACUACAGUAGAUACCUCUAGUGAUAAUAAACGCCUUCAGCAUGGCGAAACUGUUAAGACCAAAACUGACUACUUUCGCGUAGUUGUUGAUCAGCUUGAUGUUUGCAAUAAUUGGGAUGAAAUAAUGGAAAAACUACGUUAUGAGUUUACGCGUUUUGAGAAAGAUGUUUUAUUGGAAAAGAGCGGCAAAAUAACAGGUCGCAUUGUUCCUGCAGUAAAGGGUAACAUUCUUGAAGCCAUCAAUAUGGUUACAACAUUAGUUUCAGGAAAAUACCGGGAUCGUGAUCUUCGAAGAACUGGUGUUCAGGCUUUAAUUGUAACCCCUGGAACCGGCAUUUAUGACGUGGAUUAUGAUUUAUUAUAUGAGACAAGCACCAAACUUACAAACUUAGAAAUCGGCAUUGAUUUAGUGUGCCUGGGACGUCCACCUUUGCAUGUUACCCCGCUUUUUCGAUUUAAAGAUAAGCGAAGAGGUGGAUUAAUCAGUCAUUGCGUUCCUAGCUGGCUUGACAUUUCUUUUUGGUCAUCAAAUGAACGGAAGGGAAGUCAAUGGAUUCCUCGCUGCAAAAUCUAUGAAAUUCAAAUGAUGGGUGUAAUGGAAAACGAAGUAAGUUCAAUUGCGAUUGACCAUCUUCCACAAGUUCCAAACUAUAAAUCAAUGGAUGAAGAAAUGGAUCAAUAUGAUUGUCAGGUUUUUUGUAUCUCAGAACCAUCUAAAACUUUGAUUUUAGAAGAUGACAAAAAACGAGAUCUUGAAUAUGCACCAAAGAUUAUCAAAAGUACCCGAGAGUCCGUUGCUCCACAACAAACAGAAUAUGCAAGACCGAUCGUCACUGCUGUGAAAUCUACCAUUGGAAUUGAUGUUAGUGGUGUUGAUGUGCCAAUUGUUCAGCCCAAAAAAUCAGCCCUCACUUCACUCUUGUGUGCCGAUAAAGCUAUCAAGCGUGCGGUUUCAUCAUCUUCGUCGGCAAUGUCACCAUCUUUAUCAGCGGUGAGUUCUUUAGGCUCUGGUACUGAAACUGCUCCUCAAUCUCCUAAUUUUUUGCCUGUAUCAAGUCCAGCUGUCAAUAGCCAAACUCUUAAUAGUCCUGCUACUACAUCUGCCGCUACCGGAUCGAUUAAGUCAAUCAACAAAGCUAAACUCUUUUGGAAAAGAGCAAGUACACUUACAUUACGUUCUUUCUACAGAGGUGGUGAUGAUACUAAUAGUAAUAAUCCAGAGCCUGACAAAUCUGUCACCCCCUCUCAAUUGGAUGAUGCUGAAAACUUAAACGCACCUUUCAAAUCAUUUGCAGAUAUUACUAGAGUUUCGUCUUCUGCUUCUCUUCAAACAAACAGUAUGUCUACUGGGAUGGCGUCCCAGAACAGUGAUUCAAAUCCUAUAUCACCUACAAUUAAAAGCAGUUCCGCAUCUAUAUUGGCUCAUGAUUAUAACGAUGCACCUUUAAACACAGAUUCAAUUGCCACUUUACCAGGGCCACUUAGUACUCUAGUGGGGCCAUUAGCGACAAAUUUCCCCGCAUCAGCUAUAAAUACAGUGACUUCUGUUAUUUCUAAUCCGACAUUGUCAACUAUUGGCAUGACAAAUAAACCUUCAAGCUCAAUUAUGGGAACAUAUUCUGAAACAUUAUCAUCUGAACAAAAUGACAAUUUUUCUACCAGGCCUUCUUUAUCAGUUGCAAUUCAACCACAAGAACAAAAUUCAUCUUUAAGUCAUUUAUUUCCUAUUAAUAACAACCACAAUUUGGUUAAGUUGGAAGAAGUUAGCAAAAAUGACGCUGACACUGUUAGUGAUGUUCCUGGAAAAGGUCAAGGCGAUAACACACUUAAAACUCCUAUCGUUACGAGUCCAUCAACUGGAAAUAACUCUUCAGUGGUGUCGCCUAUUUCCCCAUCUGUCCCAACAUCUAAUUUGUCUAGUUCAGUCAAACAAAAUGAUAAGAACUUAGAGGGCUUAAUCCUAAAUCUUCAAAGCAGCCUUUUAAGACCUGAAAGAACCGUUAAAGCAUCUUCUAAUAGCAAUACUGGGCCUUUUGGGAAGAUUUCUGGAGCAACAAAAUUAAAUAACAUUUCCAGCAUACCUCAUGUACAAGCAAUGCCUAUAACACAAGCUCGGAAAAGGCUGGAUUUGGAUUUUAUGGCUAAUGCUCAUCAUGAAACCACAGUCACAACUCAAGCUAUCACCAAACAAACUACUGGCUUAAAUGAAGUUAGUUCACAAAAAAUGCCUGAAUCAAAAAUUGACGUGCAAUCUAAUUCAAAUAUUGCUGGUCUUUCAAACUCACUUUCAUCUCAUGAGUUUAAUCAAAUUGUAAAGAAAGGCAAGAGCAAAGCAGAAAGGCGUGAAGAAGAGCAUUCUAUGUGGAUGACAAUUGACAAUCCGUCAAAUGUCCCACAGGGUAUGAUUAUUGAUAUUUCUAACUACGGCCGUUGGCAAUACGUUUAUCCUCAUAAAAUUAAGCGUAGGACUGUUAAAUGGCGUUCGCUUAUAUCUCCUGCCGCACUUCCUCUUCUUUCUUCAAAUUUUCCUUCUUUACUACAGUUGCGCCAAAAGUAUUCAGUUCAAAAUUAUGAUGCCAUUUUAAAAACAGAUACCUCUGAAUAUCAAUCAACUACAGAACUCGUAAUGGAAAUGGUUGCUAUCAGAAUAUCAAUGGGGUUUCAGAUCAUAUCAGUAAAAGAAGUCUCAUUUGCGGAAAGAGUGUUAUUCAAUGGUAGCCCAAAUAGUGUGGUUGAGAUUGUUCAAGACGAUGCAUCCGGAAAGAGAUUUUACAUGUCACUUGGGAGUCAAAUCCAUCGCAUAUCUUUUGAUAGUGGAACAAACGUUAAUGUUCGAGUUUACACAAAGCACGAUGCAACUUCACUACUAUCAGAUAAUCACAAACUUGGUGUGAAUGAAAAUGGCUGGUCAGAGAAGGAAUACAAUCCACUUGUUAAGACUAGAUUUUUGGACAGUUACAAUAUAUUAAGAGUUAAGAUUAACAGUGGUAUUCCUACUUUUAAUUGGAACCAAAUUGAUCAAAUCCUUACUGGAUACGAGGACUAUGUUUUAAAUGAUCCUCGUAUGUAUCGAAUGCGUCUAGUUUUGAUACCAGUUGAUAUUCCUCAGACUAUGACUAAAUUUCCUGAUGGUCAACAUAAACUAACUGCCGAAGAGAUUCGAUUGGAGGGCCUUCGUCGAUUAGCUUCUACUCUUCAUCGCGACCGAUAUUAUUCUGCUCGCGAUGAAAAAAGCGAAGCAGAAAACUUAAAAAGAGAUGACAUAAUUCCAAAAAUCAGUUUUUAUACAGGAGAUUUGACAUCUUUUUUGCUAAGCAUGGACUAUAACACAGACGAUCUAAAUAUUUCUUCCUCAUCUUCAGCCAACGGUGGCGGAAAGAAUACACUUUUUAUUAUGCCAACAGAAAGGUUUACUCGAAAAAGUUUUGCACGGUUAUCUCAAUUAGCUACAGAAUUGGUAUCGGAUCGGGGAGUUAAGUGCAUUGAUCGAUCAUGGCAUUGGAAAAAACAUGCACACUGUUUUAUUGGAACAGAAAUGGUAAAUUGGUUGCUUAUGAAUUUUCGUGAUAUUGAAACGGCUGAUGAAGCUGUAGAAUACGGUAACUACCUGAUGCGUAAUGGCUUGUUUCAUCAUGUGGAAAAUCGUCAUCCUUUUCUGAAUGGUCACUACUUUUAUCGACUAUCGCCAGAAUAUGAUGAGCAAUCAAAUUCCAAUAAAUCAUGGUUUUCCAGCUCACGUCCUGAUCAAAAUUCAAAAAGGCCAGAUUCAAGCUCUGGGGACUCUUCAAUGAUUCUUAGUAAGAUUGGACGACACCCCCAAUCAUCUACAUCUUUAAAAGAUUUAGGCUCAUCAAUGCAUAGUCUCGGUCACAAAAGGUCAGGUAGUAUGGAUGACUCGGCACCAGCAUCUCCUGCUCUUUUAGGGCAGAGACAAACUCAACAACCAAAAAAUACAUCCCCGGGACUUCAUGGAAUUUCUAACAGCAAUCGUUCAGUUUCUCAAACUCAGGGAAGUGGAACUUCUGGUUUAUCAGGUGGAACUAAUAUGUCUGAAAGCACAGAUUCUUCACCAAAACCACGUGUUGAACUAUCACGCUCUAUGAGGUAUAAUCUUGAUAAAACCAUUCCCAAAAAAUCAUCUCGUCCAGAAAUUUUGACAGUUCAUUUGGACCGAGUCCAUAACCCUGAAAAUUGUUUUCAGCUCAGACUUGAAUGGCUUAACACGACACCUAAAUUUAUUGAUGAAAAACUAGUGUAUAUAACUCAACUCACUGAGAAAUAUGGUCUGCGGUUAGUGCAAGUUCCAUUGCAAGAAAUCAAUCAACUGAAAUACACUAAUCCAUUUUGUUCACUAUUUCCUGUGAAAAUGGCGAUUGAUCCCCGAUCUAUCAUUCGUUUAAAAAAUCAAGCAAACAGUACGAAUAAUCCGAAUUUCUUUAAAGAUCUUCGAUCGCCAAUACCCAAUAUCAUUGAAGAGCCUCUUGUUGAUGAUGAAUGGUAUUACCACAAGUUUGUUCUUAAAAAAUGUGACUUUGUAUACGAUAUGGGCCCAUUCAGCAGUACUCUCACUAGCAGGUUUAAUGUGACAUUUUCUUGGGGAGACCAAACCUACAAAAGCAUUCAAUACAUCCAUAAGUCUGGGCUUUGUAUUGCACAGAUUGUGGGGGAACGAGAAUUUGUUCUCAUGAUUAACUCCUUGGCUGUCAAUCGUAUUGACCCUUCGAAAAGACGAGAAAACAAUCAGCCUGAGGAGAUUUUGGAAAGAUUCAAAGAAGUGUGCAUGGAUACUUCUCAGCUCAUGACGUGGUUUGAUGAAGCCAUUCAAUUGUGGAAAAACAAGGAACAGUCUGAUGUAGUACAAAACUCCAACCCGUCAUCAACUAACUCAACCCCACAAAUGACAUCUCAAGGUUAA